AUGAGCGGAGAGUUGCCAAAUAAUGCUCUUUCGAUGCAUUCGUUCCUGCAUACAUGCAGAAAUGUCAGCAGAAUUGAUCUUUGGUCAUUCGCUGAGCAGUGGAUUUACGGUAGUGGUUGUCCAGCCUUUGGGUUCUCUGCUUCAUUUGAUAGGAAGAAGAUGGCAGUCAAGAUCACCAUGCGACAAGAUUCACCAGCAUACAAGGUGCUUGAACAUAACGACAUAUCGAAACUGCUGCACAAGCCCGUGUCCUUUGAGGGCCAAAUGACUGUCCGGAUACAUGAGGCAGAUGGCACUCCAUAUGAGUACGUUUUAGACAUUCACUCACCCUUCAAGCACUUUGAAGCAGCUGCUCAGGCUGCAGCAGAAAGCGAAGCGGAAGCUGCUGAAGCCAUGGGGUUAAUUGACAUGGGUUUUGGCGACACUGUGUAUGGCCCACAAUCAAAUGGGUUGAUUGUGUCAAACUCUGUGAAGAGCUCUUCACGCCACCAAGUCUGCAUAUUUCAACAGGACUCGACGGCAUCGAAAUAUUCACUAAUUCCAGUGGAAGCCAUCAUGAGUUACGAAAACAUUACACCCGUCGAGCUAAUAAAGGAAGCGACACUCAAGCUUGGUGGUGUCUAUCUCUAUGCAAACCAACAGGGCUGUGACGGCGAUCGGUCCCUCGCGUCAUACCCUUACCCCGACCUUACCCUUGUCAUCCUUGUCAUCCUCGCAUUCCCUUUCGCCCUCUACCUGUCGCUUCAGCAAAGCCAGUACAUCUGGCCGGACCCUUUCGCUGACGAAGCAUACCCAUGCUCCGUUUCACCACCUGACUGA